AUGUCUUUGGAGAAGACCUCCGAUCUGGCCAAUGAGAACACAUGUCUGCCGUCCUCACUGACCCUUGACCUCCGCUCCCCACAUAGUGCUCUGCUUGAUUCUGACCUGAGCAAGAAGGCCAAAGGCAUCUCCUCCACCAAGAAGCGGCACAACUAUGCCACAUCCACUCCUCUGGACCUGCUGAAUGGCACCAAGGUCGGCAAUGACAUCGAUGAGGAUGAGUCCAGUCAGCAGCGAGAGGAGGAGAGGGUCCGGAACCAGGAGAACGAGCAGGGCCAGCACGGCACAGGGACCAAUGCCAAGUGGCUCAAGGAGGAUCAGAAUCAACUGCGCAAGGUGGCAGAGAGGCAGCAGGACCAGAAUAGAAAUUCUGACCAAGAUCUGAAUCACAACGAGAGCCCAGAAGGAAACCCCAACCAGAACUCUUUAGUGGUGGACCAGCAGGAAGAGGACAGUGAGCAGAACCCAUCUUCUAAGACCCUGAGGUCCCUGUGCUCUGACCUGAAUGAGCCUCUGCUGAUCGAAACCUCCGAGGCCCCUCAUGGGAAGGAGGAGAAAGAGGAGGAUGGGGAUGAGGAAGAGCCUCUACUUCUUCCAACAGGUGGAGAGAGGGACACUGACUCGUCUGAGGCGCAAAGUAGCAGUGAGUCUCGGCGAGAUGACAGUAGAGAAGUCAAGGAAACCUGCCUGCUGUUUCAUGGCAGAAAUGCUGCACCCAGUGAUGAGGACUCCAGCUGUAUGUCACUGUCUCAGGGCAGCACAGCCAACAGCACGCCAGAUGGUGACCCAGGUAACAGGGGCAGCAAGAUGUCUUAACAAUGGAUGGGCUUUGAGUGCAGGGUUGUGUAUAAGACUUGUGCUUUGCUUUAGCCAUAAACAGGAAUUGGGACACAAUCAAAUUGUUUUCCAGGUUUGUGGAACAUUUGUCAUCUCUUAUUUCCUAGUUAUCUCUUUACAUUUAUCUCACUUGUUUCUCCUUAUUGUAAAGAGUCUUACUGGGAUCGCAGUGCAUUUGAGACUGACACAGACCUGCCUGCAGGGUGGAUGCGGGUCAGAGACGAGUCCGGCACCUACUACUGGCACAUCCCCACAGGCACCACCCAGUGGGAGCCCCCUUCUCCCCUAGAGGAGGGAGAAGCCCCAGAGAGACCCUCCAGUACCUCCCCUGCCAUCACACCCAGUGAGGAGCCACAGGUGAGAGCUAGAGGGCAAAGAAAGUUUAGUUUAUUAGGAUCCCCAUUAGCUACUGCACAUGCAGCAGCUACUCUUACUGGUGUCCACAUAAAACGUACAAAUACAUGACAAAGUACAGAACAGUUAUAGACAAGAACAACAUAAGAUAUUACAUUUUAAAAUAAAAUAAAUAAAAUGUUUUGCUAGGUCUUUCUUUGCUGCACCCGACCUUAUUACCGGAAAGUAAUCAAGAUGGGACAAGAUCAGAGCCUGAACAAACUAGUACAGUUGAUCUUUGUGUCAAAAACGCAUAUUAUCUUUUUAUAACAGACAUACCUCUCCUCAUCUUCACAACAACUUUGUCAAUAUCACUUGACCAUGAUAACUGACCAUGCAAUGUUACUCCUAGGAGUUCAGUUUCUUCAACUUGUUCAAUGGUCACACCCUUUAUGCACAACUCCAGUUGAGGUUUAGGUCUAAGAGAAUGCUUUGAACCAAAUGUUCCCGAACCGAUUUCACUUGGUUUCUAAAUCUAAACUAAUUUUACAUAUUAGUAAAGACACGAUUAAAUUGAGAAUAGUCUGAUGGGUGAAAAUAUGAUCACUUGAUGCAAGAAUGGUGUGUGCAGCCUGAAGCAAGGAACAGAGCGCAAGCUUUUUCUGCGACUUUCUCAAAUCAUCAAUAUCCUAUAGUCGCAUCAUGCAGCACAUAUAUGUUUUGAUUUCCAAGUCAUUCUAAGGUUUGUAUCAUUCACAACUAAAGUAGCCAAAUAACUCUAAAUCUAACAUAUAGAACCUGUUUCAAAUGAUCACUUUUACGUUCAACAUAGCCACUUCGCUCCAGAAUGGGAAAAAUAUUAAUUAUAUUUUAUUCAGCGAAGUUCAAUUAUAUUCUUCUUACUAUAAUGUUAUAUAAAAUAAUGUCACAGGACUUAAGCAUAUAUUGUCUGCUAAAUGAACUAGCCUAUGACAUGGUACAUGGCUAGAUAACACAGAGUAGGCCAAAUCAUAUUCUGUUCUUCUGAAAUACAUUUUCUUCAUAUCAUUAUGUUUAUUUAGACCUGCCUAAAAUAAAUAAUGGAUUUAUUGUGAUUGUGUAUAUUAAAUUGACUUAUUAUACUUUUUUAUUAGAUUCAAAGGCGCGCAUCAGCAGCUUGUAUGUGGCUUGUAUGCGUGGAGUCCUGGAGAUGCUAAACGUGUUUAUGUUAAUUAACGGUCAAUUAUCGUGAGACCGGCAGUCUUUUGCAUGACAAUAACCAGCUGACAAAAUGUAACGACCGCCACAGCCCUAGCUCCAACUACAGUAUCUAAUAUUACAUUUAUUUUAGCCAAUCAUCAGUCAUCUCAGUCAGUGCAGUACAAGUUGAGUGCCCUUUCCUAAUGCAUGCUGAAAGUCAGUCAUUAACUUGUUCUUUGAAAAAUAGCAUUGUAUUUGUUCAAACACAAAUUUCUCCAUCAGUUUACUAAGAACAUGCAGCAAACUGAUUGGGCGGCUGUUAGAGCCAGCAAAGGGUGCUUUACUAUUUUUAGGUAGUGGAAUUACUUUAGCUUCCUUCCACGUAUGUGGACACACAGUUCUUUUAGGUUUUGGCCUGCCUGUGUCAAUUAGGGUGCACAGUCACUGUAUUUCCAUUUAAGCCCCCACUGCUAGUGCUAACUGAUUUAGUUUCCUACUUUUAAUUGAACCUUGUCUCCUUUUUAUAUUUUCAGUUGACGUGGAGUAGUCUCACCCAGUCCCGCCCCAACAGGUUUAAUGACGAGGAGUUCUGGAAGGUGAGUGCCAAAUGUACUUGAAACAAGCCUAACAUCAAUGCAGUUUGCAAACCUUUUUUCAAAGAGAUUUUCAAUGUUUAGGUGUCAACUGCUUAUUUUCUAUCUCAAAUGUAGAAAUGUGUCUUCUUACUGUUGUUGUUAUGUCUUCAGGAGGAAGAUGCGAUGGCUGAUCAGACCCUGAAGGAUUUUGAAGGAGCCACAUUGCGUUAUGCCUCUAUCAAUCUCAGGUGAGUUGUCCGCCCCCCCCCCCCCCCCCCCCCCUCCCCCAAGUAGAGUGUCUUAUUAUAUGCUUGUAUUGUCUGAUUCCUUUCACGUCCAGCUGUUCACAGUCUGAAGGAAAGGAGAAGAUGCAUUCACUCAUCAAUGACCUGGACGCUAAGGUAUGUACUCUCACUCAGACAAAUAGACAUAACCAAUCAUUCCACUCCCAUCCCACACACAUUUUUCUCUCUUUCAACACUCAACAUGCUCUUAAUCACUCUCUGUCUCCUUGUGUCUCUCAAUAGGUUUUUGCGGUGCGGUCUCUGGGCUGGGUGGAGAUAUCAGAGGAGGAGAUGGCUCCAGGGAAGAGCAGCGUAGCUGUCAACAACUGCAUCAGACAGCUCUCCUACCACAAACACAACCUGCAUGACACGGCUGGGAUCUGGGGAGAGGUCAGAGAAUGGCUUGUGUGUGGGAAUAUGACUGAAUGACGUGUGUGUGUGUGGGAAUAUUACCUGGAUAGUGUUGGUAGAACAAUGUUAAGAGGAAUGUUAUGUAAUGUGUUUCCAUACAGGGAAAAGACAUGCUCCUUGUUCUGGAGAAUGAGACAUUGAACCUGAUUGAUCCGUUGGGCCAGACUCUGCUGCACACCCAGCCUAUCGUCAGCAUCCGAGUGUGGGGAGUGGGCCGGGACAACGGCAGGUCAGUCCCCUGCUACUCUAACUACACUGAACAAAAUAUAAACGCAACGUAAAGUCCCAUGUUUCAUGAGCUGAAAUAAAAGAUCCCAAAAACUUUCCAUGCGCACUAAAAGCUGAUUUCUCUCAAAUUUUGUUCAUAAAUUUGUUUACGUCCCUGUUUGUGAGCAUUUCUCCUUUGCCAAAAUAAUACAUCCACCUGACAGAUGUGGCAUAUCAAGAAGCUGAUUAAAUGGCAUGAUCAUUACACAGGUGCACCUUGUGCUGGGGUUGUGCAGUUUUGUCACGUGCAAUUUGCAUGCUGACUGCAGGAAUGUCCACCAGAGCUGUUGCCAUAGAAUUGAAUGUUCAUUUCUCUACCAUAAGCUGCCUCCAAGGUCAUUUUAGAGAAUUUAGCUGUACGUCCAACCGGCCUCACAACCGCAGACCACGUGUAUGGCGUUGUGUGGGCGAGCGGUUUGCUGAUGUUUACGUUGUGAACAGAGUGCCCCGUGGUGGUGGGGUUAUGUUAUGGGCAGGCAUAAGCUACGGACAACGAACACAAUUGCAUUUAGUCGAUGGCAAUUUGAAUGCACAGAGAUACCGUAAAGAGAUCCUGAGGCCCAUUGUCGUGCCAUUCAUCCGCUGCCAUCACCUCAUGUUUCAGCAUGAUAAUACAUGGCCCCAUGUCGCAAGGAUCUGUACACAAUUCCUGGAAGCUGUUAAAUGUCCCAGUUCUUCCAUGGCCUGCAUACUCACCAGACAUGUCACCCAUUGAGCACGUUUGGGAUGUUCUGGAUCAACGUGUACGACAGCGUGUUCCAGUUCCGCCAACAUCCAGCAACAUUGCACAGCCAUUGAAGAGGAGUGGGAAAACAUUCCACAGGCCACAAUCAACAGCCUGAUUUAACUCUAUGCGAAGGAGAUGUGUUGCGCUGCAUGAAGCAAAUGGUGGUCACACCGGAUAUUGACUUGUUUUCUGAUCAACGCCCCUACCUUUUUUUUAAAGGUAUCUGUGACCAACAGAUGCAUAUCUGUAUUCCCAGUCAUGUGAAAUCCAUAGAUUAGGGCCUAAUGAAUUUAUUUCAAUUGCCUGAUUUCCUUAUAUGAACUGUAACUCAGUGCAAUCUUUGAAAUUGUUGCAUGUUGCGUUUUAUAUUUUAAGUAUACAUUUCUUUAUAUUUUCUUCAUAUUUGAAAACUAGAAAUAUCUGUUUGUGCCAGUUUGCUAUAGGCAAUGUUUCUUAUUUUGGUUUUAUUUAUCUGGCUUUUAAUUUAAACUCCUGUUGCCUUACUUUGUGAACCCUGCUUUUUCUGUUGAAUUGAUUGAUUUGGGGUUUUCUCUCUAACCGGCUGCGCUUCGGCACACAGGGAGAGGUAGUGUAUUGUUAUUGUCGUAUCCACCAUCUUCCGUCAUGUCACGUAGAAUAGAUCAUAGUCGUGGUUGUCAUAGUUAGCAUAUUGAUUCCACACCCCCAUCCCAUAAUGUUCAAUGUUUCUCACUCACACCCAUAACUUUCUGAUCAGUUUCACUUUGUAAGUUUUACAUAUAGACUAGAAUAAUGUAGACUUUUAGCUAUUAAUAAUAUUGUGACUACAGUAAGUGUUCUCAGUCCUAAUUGUUAGUACAUUUGUUCAUUGUUGUAUUCGUGAAAGCUUACACUAUUAGGUUGAUAGUUCUCUUGAGUAGAUCCUGAUAUUAUCUAAAUUUAUUUCAGCAUUGUCCAUUUCAUCAGCCUCAUUUGUCAUGAUCAGCCUUUAUAACAGCCUCUUUCUCUAGUGACACCUCUUUGUUUGUGUGUGUUUGUGCUAACUUUAGGGACUUUGCCUACGUCGCGAGAGACAAACUGACUCAUGUUCUGAAGUGCCAUGUGUUCAGAUGUGACACACCUGCUAAGAACAUUGCCACGAGCAUGCAUGACAUCUGCUCUAAGGUAAGCCCAUCUGCUUUGGUGCACUGCACCAUACUGUGGUCUUCAGAUUGAGCCUGAGUGAAAUCUCCCUUUUUUUUACAUAACUUCGAGACUGUGGUUCAGGGGUUGUUUGUCUUUUUUUAUUUUUUAUGUUGAAUCGGUCUUUCCUGUCAUUCCUUUUCUGUAGAUAAUGGCCCAGAGGAAAUCAUCCAAGUCCUCUCUGAACAGACUCAACAUAGACCCCUCUAAACUGGUGGACAUUCCUUUCCAGGGUAAAACACUGGCACUUACUGUAUGACUUAGGCUUGGCGGUAUACCAUACAGUGCCUUAGGAAGUAUUCAGACCCCUUGACUUUUUCCACAUUUUGUAAGGUUACAGCCUUAUUCUAAAAUUGAUUAAAUUGUUUUUUCCCCCUCAUCAAUCUACACACAAUACCCCAUAAUGACAAAGCAAAAACUGGUUUUUAGUUUUUUUUGCUAAUUUAUUAAAAAUAAGAAACGGAAAUAUCAAAUGUACAUAAGUAUUAAGACCCUUUACUCAGUACUUUCUUGAAGCACCUUUUGGCAGCGAUUACAGCCUCGAGUCUUCUUGGGUAUGACGCUACAAACUUGGCACACCUACAUUUGGGGAGUUUCUCCCAUUCUUCUCUGCAGAUCCUCUCAAGCUCUGUCAGGUUGGAUGGGGAGUGUUGCUGCACAGCUAUUUUCAGGUCUCUCCAGAGAUGUUAGAUCGGGUUCAAGUCCUGGCUCUGGCUGGGCCACUCUAGGACAUUCAGAGACUUGUCCCGAAGCCACUUCUGCGUUGUCUUGGCUGUGUGUUUAGGGUCGUUGUCCUGAUCUCUCUGUACUUUACUCCAUUAAUCUUUGCCUCGAUCCUGACUAGUCUCCCAGUCCCUACUUCUGAAAAAUAUCACCACAGCAUGAUGCUGCCACCACCAUGCUUCACCGUAGGGAUGGUGCCAGGUUUCCUCCAAAUGUGACGCUUGGCAUUCAGGCCAAAGAGUUCAAUCUUGGUUUCAUCAGACCAGAGAUUCUUGUUUCUCAUGGUCUGAGAGUCCUUUAGGUGCCUUUUCGCAAACUCCAAGUGGGCUGUCAUGUGCCUUUUACUGAGGAGUGGCUUCCGUCUGGGCACUCUAUCAUAAAGGCCUAAUUGGUGGAGUGCUGCAGAGAUGGUUGUCCUUCUGGAAGGUUCUCCCAUCUCCACAGAGGAACUCUAGAGUUCUGUCAGAGUGAUCAUCGGGUUCUUGGUCACCUCCCUGACCAAGGCCCUUCUCCCCCGAUUGCGCAGUUUGGCCGGGUGGUCAGCUCUAGGAAGAGUCUUGGUGGUUCCAAACUUCUUCCAUUUUAAGAAUGAUGGAGGCCACUGUGUUCUUGGGGACCUUCAAUGCUGCAGAAAUGUUUUGGUACCCUUCCCCAGAUCUGUGCCUCUACACAAUCCAGUCUCGGAGCUCUACGGACAAUUCCUUCGCCCUCAUGGCUUGGUUUUUGCUCUGACAUGCACUGUCAACUGUGGGACCUUUAUGUAGACAGUUGUGUGCCUUUCCAAAUCAUGUCCAAUCAAUUGAAUUUACCACAGGUGGACUCCAAUCAAGUUGUAGAAACAUCUCAAGAAUGAUCAAUGGAAACAGGAUGCACCUGAGCUCAAUUUCAUGUCUCAUAGCAAAGGUUCUGAAUACUUAUGUAAAUAAGGUUAUUUUUUUAAUACAUUUUCAAAAAUUUCUAAACCUGUUUUCAUUAUGGGGUAUUGUGUGUAGAUUGCUGAGGAAAUUGUUUUAUUUAACCUAUUUUAGAAUAAGGCUGAAUACUUUCCCAAGGCACUGUAUGUACCGUAUACCGGGGUAUUUGUGAGUUAGUCCCCUGUCACAUGUCACGUGGUGUUUGUUUACAAGCACAGAACAACGAGAGACUGGAGCCUUGUGAGUCAAUGACUGUUGUGCAGCAUGUGCCAGGUGGUCUAAUUACAUUAUGGAAUUCAAUUAAAAUCAAAUCAAAUUGUAUUUGCCACAUGCAACAGGUGUAGACCUUACAGUGAAAUGCUUACUUACAAGCCCUUAACCAACAAUGCAGUUUUAAGAAAAAAAAGUGUUAAGUAAAAAAUAAAAAUAAUUAAAGAGCAGCAGUAAAAUAAAAUAACAGUAGGGAGGCUGUAUACAGGGGGUACUGGUACAGAGUUAAUGUGCAGGGGCACCAGUUAGUUGAGGUAAUAUGUAUAUGUGGGUAGAGUUAAAGUGACUAUGUAUAGAUAAUAAACUGAGUAGCAGCAGUGUAAAAGAGGGGGUGGGGGGGACAAUGCAAAAUAGUCCGGGUAGCCAUGAUUAGCUGUUCAGGAGUCUUAUGGCUUGGGGGUAGAAGCUGUUAAGAACCCUUUUGUACCUAGACUUGGCGCUCCGAUACCGCUUGCUGUGCGGUAGCAGAGAGAACAGUCUAUGACUAGGGUGGCUGGAGUCUUUGACAAUUUUUAGGGCCUUCCUCUGACACCACCUGGUAGAGGUCCUGGAUGGCAGGAAGCUUGGCCCCAGUGAUGUACUGGGCCGUACGCACUACCCUCUGUAGUGCCUUGCGGUCGGAGGCCGAGCAGUUGCCAUACCAGGCGGUGAUGCAACCAGUCAGGAACUCUCGAUGGUGCAGCUGUAGAACUUUUUGAGGAUCUGAGGACCCAUGCUGAAUCUUUUCAGUCUCUUGUGGGGGAAUAGGCUAAAUGUUUGCCAGCUAGAUAUCUUAUACCUAUUAAGUUAACUGUCUAAAAUGUGCUAAAUGCUCUGCAGUCGUGCAUUUGGUUUGCUAAUUUAGUAGCUAGUUAGCUAUGUAGAUAAGUGGUUAGCUUCUUCCAAAAUCAAGCAUUCGCUUGGUAAUAGCAGACAAUCUCCUCCUGGAUCAAGAGCCUUGCUGUCUAAUAUUUAUUCUGUGCGUGAAGCAAACUUUGAGUAGCAUUUUUGAGUUACUGGUAUAGUUUAGGUCAGACGCUAUAAAAUGUUUGCGGUGUGCUUUCUUAGCAUUUAGUUACCAUUCUCUAUGGGAUUUUACAUGUACUUGUUAGCAUUGCUAACCUUCGGAUUACUGAGUAUCAGUGGGGUUUGAAAACAGCGCCCCUUGUGUUCAGUGCCGGUAUUACAAAUAUCCCAGUAUGGCACAAGUCGGUAUGACAAUCUGGAUACUCCCAGAGCCUAGUAUGACUAUAUACUUACUGAAUAAUCUGAAACCAAAUGGAUCUAUGGGCACCUUCAGGUCCUUUGUAUGGUUUUAGCAGGUCACAGUGGUUUUCUGUCUCUCCUCUCCCUUCAGAAUUCCCUGCACCAAAGAAUGAGCUAGUCCAGUGCUUCCAGGUACGUUACCUGGGUACCGUGCCGGUGGCUAAACCCGUAGGUAAGGAACGCUUUGGUAAGGAAUGCUUUUUCUUCUCUUUCCUAGCUGUUGUGAUGGUGUAUAUUGUGGUGUAUUGAAUUACAUUUCAGGUAAACUUGUGUGUGUUUCUCAGUCACUGCCUGUAUUUAACCUUCCAUUUGUCCUCCCGUAUGUUGGUACUGCAUUUCAAUUAAUGCUGAAUUUCCACUAAGUUGGGGUUCACUUAUUGAAUGUCUCUCAAAGUAUUGCAUGUAUUCUUCUACUAAUUUCUCCUACAUAUUGUGAUACUGAUUUCUUACUGUGUGAAGUCUCGACUGCUAUGAGCUAUUCUCGUUAGGGAUAUUGAGCUAUUAGCUAACUCUUGGUUUUCUGUGAAGUAUGAACUAACACAAUUCCUGUAAUUCCUUCCCUUUUCCUGACAUUCUCAGGUAUUGAGUGUACUCAGAUGUGCAGCUAACCUGAGUGGUUGUGUAUGUCCUAUCCAGGUAUGGACCUAGUCAACGUAGCCCUAGACACAGCAAUGAAUUCCAAAGAGAAGGAUGAGUGGACGCCAGUUACUGUGAAUGUGGCUUCAGCCACACUUACAAUAGUCACAGCUGAGGUGAGCACACACACACGUACACGCACAAUCUCAAAAAUACGUUUUUUAAAUGUCUUUCCAAUUUGAAGGUCUGAGGUUGUUUAAAUUGCUAUGGGAAUAGUCUGACCCAAGGUGUUCUGUUGUGCUCCCUGCAGACAGAGGAAGUUCUGUUUGAGUGCCGCGUGCGGUUCCUGUCCUUCAUGGGCGUGGGGAAGGACAUCCACACUUUUGCCUUCAUCAUGGCCGAGGGCCACGGGGACUUCAUCUGCCACAUGUUCUGGUGUGAGCCCAACGCUGCCAGCCUCAGUGAGGCUGUGCAGGCCGCCUGCAUGGUGAGUGCAAUGUUUCUGUCAGCCAGCAAUUGACAGCUUUUGGCCGAUACAAAUGCACAUUGUCCAGCAGAAAAUAUCCUGAUGAAAAUAAAUGUCCUCUAUAAAUCACAUUGGCUAUGCACAGAGGUUGGUUCAGGUUGUCUUUCAAUCACAUAAUCUCUCUAUUCCGCCUGUCUGUAUUGAGUUCACACUGUCACUAGCAAACUUUCAACAUUGUAUCAGCUGGUGCUGCCCCGCAAGUUACCCAUGUCAGUGAGUUUGUGACAGCUCUAUGCACACAGGGGAGAAGUGUUCCGCUAUUUUAUGAUCUUUUGCUAGACAUCCCUAUAAGAGACUGUACAGAAAUGUCAUUCAAGUCCUGCAUGGUGUAUUUAGAUGAAGUGAUUUUGCUUUCCUACGCUCAUGCUAGUCUAAUGCUUGGUUGUGUAGUUGGCUUAAAAAUGCCAAAAACAAAGUUGGCUAACUAGCUACGGUACCAAGGCUGGAAGCACAGACAAGUGGAAAAAUAAAUUGACACUGAAACAGAGGAUAUUGAUAAGCCAGAUGGACAGAGAGAUGCGCAUUGUGCAAGGAGACAAUGUUCACUUGGUAGGCUAUCAUUCCUCCUUGCAUAAUUAUUGUAGUCACUUCCAUGUAUUGUCAAUGAAUCGGCAGUGAGCACUCCUAAAAAUGCAAAUGGUUUCUAUUUCAUAUGGCAACUUUUUCAGAAACAUUAGGUGAGUGGUUCUUCUAAAUGGGAGGAGUUUGCAGGGAUUGGACCGUUUUACUACGUGCCGAUAGUAAACAUACACAGCCUUGUUGCACCAAAUAUUUUGAGUCCAAGUAUAUGUUUCUAUUCAGAUUUAGUGCUAAUGUUGUGUGACUUUUGACAGCUGCGCUACCAGAAGUGUCUUGACGCCAGGCCCCCCAGUACCAGCUCCUGCCUGCCAGGGCCGCCGGCCGACUCCGUGGCACGUCGUGUGGGCUCCAGUGUCAAGAAGGGGGUUCAGAGCCUGCUGGGCAGCUUCAAGAGGUCUGGGUCCCAGACGCCCUGA